CACCGACGGCAGCGACUACCAGCACCGGGAGCGCGUGGCCUCGCACUACCAGAUGAGCGUGGCGCUCAAGUCUGAGAUCAAGAAGCUGAUCUACAUGCACGUGGCCAUCUGGCUGCUGCUGCUGGCCCAGAUGUGCGUGGGGCACCUCAAGCUGCUGCCCCACGACCAGGUGGCCAUGCCCUACCAGUGGGAGUACCCGUACCUGCUCAGCAUCCUCCCGUCCCUCCUGGGCCUCCUCUCCUUCCCCCGCAACAACAUCAGCUACCUGGUGCUGUCCAUGAUCAGCACCGGCCUCUUCUCCGUGGCGCCCCUCAUCUACGGCACCAUGGAGAUGUUCCCCAUGGCUCAGCAGCUCUACCGCCACGGCAAGGCCUAUCGCUUCAUCUUCGGCUUCUCCGCGGUGUCUGUCAUGUACCUGGUGGUGGUGGUGGCCGCGCAGGUGCACGGCUGGCAACUCUACUACAGCAAGAAGCUGCUGGACUCCUGGUUCACC